GAAAACUUGGACAAAAUGGGACUGUUCACCUACCGCUUCAUUGAAGGCCUGACCGAAGCCGAAAAGCAGGCACGGCGCCGGGCGCUGGACAACUACGGCCUUGCGGCUCAGCUUUCGGAUUUGCUACCGGUGGUGUUGAUCUUGCUGUAUAGGCUGACGAAGUGGGUUGUGAGGGAGAGGGUGGAUGGGAGUGCCAAUGGAGAGUAUGCUGCUGUGCCGAGCUCGCCGGUGAUGAAGAAGCGGAGGGAGGAGGGGGUGAGGUCUUGGAGCGUGAGGAAGAGGCGGUUGCGGUGGUGGUUGGGGGAGGAUGUGGUUGCGGCGGGGCAUGUUUACGGGCAGAGGGAUCACUACCUCCACCUAACCAAACGCUUCGGCAUCGUCGCCGUCUCCCAAUACCCCCUCCAAUACCUCCUCUCCCUCAAGUCCCUCAACCCCUUCUCCUACCUCCUCAAAUCCUCCCACGAACAAGUCAACCGCUGGCACCGCGUCUCGGCCCGGGUAACCACCACCCUCUUGUUCAUCCACGCGGCCCUCUACCUGAACUUCUACAUCCAAAACAACCGCCUCUACCGCCUCGGCGUCCCCCUCGUCCUCGCCGGCGUCGUCGCCUUUUUCUCCCUCAACCUCAUGCUCACCACCGCCCUCCGCCCCGUCCGCCGCUUCUCCUACCGCCUCUUCUUCAUCACCCACCUCCUCCUCGCCAUCUCCAUCCCCUUCCUCAUCCUCUUCCACGCCGCCCCGGCAAGGUCAUACAUGAUCCAGGCCCUGCUCGUCUUUUUUGUCGAUCUGAUCUCGAGAAAAAUGGACACGGUGACUGGCCACGCAAAGUUUGAGUCCAUCCCGGGCACGAACCUCGUCAAACUCAGCGCUGCGAUCCCUCACGUCAAGAUCAAUCGGUUCAGGGGCAGCCCGGGGAGCCACAUCUACCUCUCCAUCCCCGCAGCAGCAAGAGCGACUUUCCAAGACCCGACGAGCAUAUCGCACCUGCUGUUUGAGUUUCUGUUCAACCCUUUUACUGUCGCGAGCGUGGGGGAGCAGGAGAGCGAGGUGACGAUGAUUGCGAGGCACAAUGGGGGUCCGAUGACGGCUGCGCUGGGGCAUUAUGCUGUUUUGGCUAAGCAGCAGCAGCAGCAGCAACCUCCUUCUCGAUCCGCCAACAGUUUGUCGAUUCCCGACGCGAGAAACGAGGGGAAGAUCCCGCUUAACAUCGAGGGGCCGUACGGAUCGGUGACGCACUUUCCGAAUCUCGGCCAGUUUGACAGGGUGCUGCUCGUGGCGGGCGGUGUAGGGGCUACGUUCACUGUGCCGGUGUACAAAUCUGUCGUGGCGGAGAACCCGAACGCGAAGGUGAAGAUGGUUUGGAGCGUGAGGACUGCGGGGGAUGCGACGUGGGCGCUGCUGAGGGAGGGGUUGAUGGAUGAUGAGAAUGUGCAGAUAUAUGUCACGGGGGUGACGGAGGGGAGGACGAGGGGUGGGGUUUGGGAUCAGCAACAGCAGGAUGGGGGGGAGGGGAGUGGAGCGGAGGGGACGGAGAUGAGCAGGAUGUUUAGACGGAGGAGCGGGAGUAACAGCGGCGGGAGCGGUAGUGGUGGGACGGGGGGGAGGUUUACCAGUUUGCAUAAUCGGCAGAGGCCGGAUUUGAGGAGGGUGGUGGAUGAGAUGUUCAGGCAUGGGCAGGAGGAGAAGGUGGCGGUUGUGGUGUGCGGGCCGGAGGAGAUGGCGAGGGAGUUGAGGGAGUAUGUGGGUGUUUGGGUGAGGAGGGGGAGGGUGGUUUGGUUUCACAAGGAGGGUUUUGGGUUUUGA